AUGUUACAGUAUCUGAGUUUGGCGUAUUGUACACGAUUGACAGAAGUGUGUUCUACUUAUUUUAAUCAACUGGAAUGUUUCAAGUCAUUGAAAUAUUUGGAUUUAUCUGGUUGUAUUCAGUUAACAGAUAUUGCUAUACAGUAUGUAUCAGGAGUAUGUCACUAUUUGAGAUUUCUUGAUCUUUGUGGAUGUGAACUGAUCACACACAAAAUGGUUCGUUUAACAACUGGACGAGUUGAGAAAGUUGAAUAUUCAACAGAUAGUCCACCAGACGAUUUUCUUCCGAGUCCAACAAAAGAAACUGCAUGAAAUGCUCAACCGAAAACGUGUUCUCAUUGAUUGUACCAUCUUUUAUUCGCCUAUUUAUGGAACUUUUCUUACAAAGUAUAUCAUACAUAUGACUUCUUGUUUAUGUCUCCGAUUAUAGAGUGUGUGUUAUAGGUACUUUGUGAAUGAUCCGUCUUCACAACAUAUUUCCCUAAUAAUAGAAAAGAUUUGUAACUCAGGUAAAUGAUUUGCAUUUAAUAGUGUUUUCUGAGCUCAGAGAACACUAUUAAAUGCAAAUGUUUCCCUAAUCACAGUAUUAUGCAGUUUUAGUAGACUUUUGAUACCAUUUAUAAAAGAUAUUUUCUAUCUACAUAUCGAUCUGU